UAAAAAUGCUGACGGUCAUACUCCUGCACCUGAAGCAACAUCCUCCCAUGAGUACUCACAUGGGCACAGCAUGUGUAUGAAACCUACAUUUUGCCCCCCCGCUCAAAAAGUCACACAUGACUCACCACCCACUUUUUAGACCACAAAUGCCAAUGAAAUGAUUUGUUUUAUUUUGAUGUAACGAGUGACACUGAGCACGUCUUUUGGCGUUAUCAGUAGGUGUUUUGCAAGAGUUUUAUUUAAAGACAAAACUUUUGAAAAAGUUGAGUUAAAGCGAGAAAAGUGAGAGACGGGCAAACGGUGCGAAAGAAACAGAGAGAGAGAGAGAGAAACUGAGCGCUAGAACAGGAUAUUUUGUCACUAUGGUUACUGGCAGGAGAUACUGAUCUUGAUUACUCUCGUUAUUUUCACCCAGGUCAGUGUGACGGUACCACGCUCAGGGCAGCUGUGAUAUCUUUCCGCCAAAAAUAACGUCGGUUGAAUAAAUGGGACUUCAAGUCUGAUGAGCAGCACGUUCCAUCUGUAAGAGUUGCAGCUGCAUUGAGAAUAGCCGUUGAGCAGAGGCAUUGUUCACUGACUUCCUUCAUGGCACUUUUAACCACACGCGCUAUGCCAGAAACGUCCUAUACUCAAUAAAUUUAAGAUGGGUUCUGCCGCCCAAACCACAACCGUCAACAGUACCUCUAACUGUACCACCCUGUAUGCUCAUCGGGAGUAUGCCAAAAUCCUCAUGCCUCUUUUCUACAGCCUUGUGUUCUUUGUGGGACUGUUUGGUAACUGCCUGGCCCUCCAUGUAAUCCGUCCCAAUCUGAAGAAGAUAAACUCCACUACCUUGUACUCUCUCAACCUGGUCAUAUCCGACAUCCUCUUCACCCUCUCUCUGCCUUUGAGGAUCAUCUACUAUGCUUUGGGUUUCCACUGGCCACUAGGAGAAGCUCUGUGCAAGAUCUCAGGCCUUAUCUUCUAUAUCAACACCUAUGCGGGAGUCAACUUCAUGACCUGUCUCAGUGUGGACCGCUUCAUCGCCGUGGUCUUGCCUCUGCGUUUUGCCCGACUCAGGAAAGUCAGUAACGUGCGCUACAUUUGUGUUGGCGUGUGGCUGCUGGUCCUGGGUCAGACACUCCCACUGCUUUACAUUAACAUGUGCCACAAUGAACCUGAUGGCUACAUCACCUGCAUGGAAUACCCCAACCUUGAUAAAGUUCCACAUAUUGCCACUACACUGAUUGGUGCUGUUGGCUUGGGUUAUGUUAUCCCUGUCGUCACCAUCCUGGUGUGUUAUUCUGUCUUAUGCUCCAAGCUUCACUUAACAGCCAAGAACAACCAUUUAACAGAAAAGUCCGGCAGGAGCCGCAAGGCCAUCGGAGUGAUCUGCUGCGUGUCCGUGGUGUUUAUCGUGUGCUUCAGCCCCUACCACAUUGACCUCCUGCAGUACAUGAUCCGCAAGCUGGUGUCGGAACCCGACUGCAGUCAGCUCACAGCCUUUCAGGUGUCACUGCACAUCACCGUAUGUCUGAUGAACCUCAACUCCUGCUUGGAUCCGUUUAUCUAUUUCUUUGCCUGUAAGGGCUACAAAAGAAAACUCCUGAAAAUCCUGAAGGUGCACGUUAGCAUGUCAUUCUCCAGCGCAGUGAGAGUGUCUCCUGAAGGUUCCUCCAAGGAUUUCCUCGACGGUAACAAGAUCCAGCUAAACAGCUCAGUUACGGGAACAGUCACAGAACGAAGAUCCCACUAUCACGACUGAUCUAAAGAAUUAAGGGACAAAGAGCUGCACAGAAUAAGAGGAAUCUUUUUGUUUCAUUUUGUUUUUCUCAGGGUGACUUUUCUCAAAGAUAGUGUCUCAAAUAAAGAGGUUUUAACCUUUAAAUGGACUUUUGCAUCAUCACAAAUGCCCAGCAUCUGUAGACACUGGAAAUGGAUUGUUUUCCACAAGUGAAAGCACUCAAAGGACAUUUCUGGAAAUGUCUGAGAAUUCAAGGAGGAACCUGUUGCAGAGCUAACAUGGAGAAUGGGAGGAAACCACAGUACCAAUAGAGCCACACAGGUCUGGAAGGCACCAGCCUGGAUUCAAAACCAGCAAGCUCACAUCAAAGGGACUCACUUACAGUGAUAUUUCUAUGAACUGAAAUGUAAGGAUGAAUUAGAUCUGACAGAAGUUUCAUUCUCGUACAGAAUCAUGCUUCAAUUGUCUUUUAUUUUCCCCAAGUUUCGGUUCAGCUUUCAGGUGUAAUAGUUCAGGGAAAUCGACAGAGAUUAUUCCAACUCUCUGCCAACCUUAAAUGUUUGCAAAAGCAACAUAUUUAAUAUUUUCCUGUUUGGAUAAUCAUGCAUUGUUAUUUAGUGGCUUGAGGAUCAGGUUGUUUUUUUAUUGUUUGUUUGUUGUUUAUUUAAAGAGACGUUUGCAACAACUUUAAUUGUUCUGGAUCUGUUUCUAUAGUUAUUAUUUUCUGUCUGCGCAAGAGUUAGAGACGCAGUGGUUUCAAGUGCUAUAUGUUCCACCACCAGCAGUUUGUUAUGUUUCUUGUUGAAUUUUAUGGUCUAUAUUUUAGGUUUAAUGUGUGAACAACACACAGCAUUUACCACAUGUAAAUAGGCCACAGGAACGGCCGUCAUAAAACUGUAUACCAUGUGUAGUGAUAUAUUUAUAAAAGGGUACUAACGUGACCAAAAACCGCAGAAAAACUGCAGAAACUGCAGAAACUGCAUUUCACCCUGUGGUUUGCUAAGUGAUUAACAUCUGUUAAGUCAGUCAUAAAACUGUUUAGCUUUGCGAGCGAGCUCGUAGUACUCAACAAAAAAUUUGGGGGCAUUAGAAAUCUUUAAAUAUGUAACCAUUAUACCGUACUUUCGGAAGGGUGCUAAACUUAUUCUUUAGUAUGAUGAUUUUAGAAGUACAACUAGUGCAAUAAAGCCUGAGAUAGACCAAUCAUCAUACAUGUGUGGCUGGAAUUACCCGAAGAAACGGAAAGCAUUGCAAAACUCUAAAUUCACAAAAAAAUAAAGUGUAGCUAAAUCUGAAGAUAGUUAGAAAACAUUUAAAGGCCCUUGAUCUUUGCCAGUCUUUAAGUUUAAUUGAUUGUAACUUUAUAACACAUUGUAUUAUUUACUUUAGUUCAAUCUGUUACUUUUCUUAUUGGAGUGGCUCUAACAGCAUCAUUUUCUUGGGGAUUAUAAAGUAUUCUGAUUCCGAUUCUGCCCAGAUACUGAUAUGCUUUUUUUCCUUUUUACUGCACCUUGUGUAACUAUAAUUGGUAAAUGAAAACUCUUCACAGCAUUGUUUUUGGAGCAAUUGUCACUUCAAUGCUUGACAUGUUUAUGCAGCACUGUACAUAAUAAAUGACUUGUAAUAAUUAUUAA